AUGUCUGUCCAGACAGUCUCCAUCCAGCCUUUUACCGACCAGAAGCCAGGAACUUCUGGUCUGCGGAAGAAGGUCAAGGUCUUCGAGCAGCCCCACUACUCCGAAGCCUUCAUCGCCAGCAUCCUCCUCGCCAUCCCUGAAGGCGCCGAGGGUGCUUUCCUCGUCAUCGGUGGUGAUGGCCGCUACUACAACCCUGAAGUCAUCCAGAAGAUCGCCAAGAUCAGUGCCGCCUAUGGUGUCAAGAAGCUCCUGAUCGGCCAGAACGGCAUCCUCAGUACCCCCGCCGCCAGCAACCUGAUCCGCGUGAGAAAGGCCACUGGUGGUAUUCUCCUGACGGCCAGUCAUAACCCUGGUGGCCCCAAUGCCGAUUUCGGUAUCAAGUACAACCUGACCAACGGUGCCCCCGCCCCCGAGUCCGUCACCAACAAAAUCUACGAAACCUCCAAGUCCCUCACCUCCUACAAGAUCACCGAGAUCCCCGAUGUCGACACCUCCAGCAUUGGGACCAAGACCUAUGGUCCCCUCGAGGUCGAGAUCGUCCACUCCACCACCGACUACGUCAAGAUGAUGAAGGAGAUCUUCGACUUUGAUCUGAUCAAGGAGUUCCUCAGCACCCACAAGGACUUUAAGGUCCUGUUCGACGGUAUGCACGGUGUGACCGGCCCCUACGGUGUGGACAUCUUCGUCAAGGAGCUGGGUCUGCCCCAGGACAGCACCAUGAACUGUGUGCCUAGCCCCGACUUCAACGGCGGCCACCCCGAUCCCAACCUGGUCUACGCCCACGAGCUGGUCGAGGCCGUCGACAAGAAGGGCAUCCACUUCGGUGCUGCCAGCGACGGCGAUGGUGACCGCAACAUGAUCUACGGCGCCAACUCCUUUGUCUCGCCUGGUGACAGCUUGGCCAUCAUUGCGCACCACGCCAAGCUCAUCCCCUGGUUCCAGAAGCAGGGUGUCUACGGCCUGGCCCGGUCCAUGCCCACCUCGGGUGCCGUGGACCUGGUCGCCAAGGCCCAGGGUCUGCAGAGCUACGAGGUUCCUACCGGCUGGAAGUUCUUCUGCAACCUGUUCGACAACAAGAAGAUCUCCAUCUGCGGUGAGGAGAGUUUCGGCACCGGCAGCAACCACAUCCGCGAGAAGGACGGUGUCUGGGCCAUCGUGGCCUGGCUGAACAUCAUUGCCGGUGUGGCCAAGCAGAAACCCAAUGAGACCCCCAGCAUUGGCUCGAUCCAGAACGAGUUCUGGCAGACCUACGGCCGUACCUACUUCACUCGUUAUGACUACGAGAACGUCGACAGCGACGCCGCCAACAAAUUGAUCGCCAACCUGACCGAGAAGAUCAACAACAAGGAUUCCUUCGUCGGCAGCACCGUGUCCGGCCGCAAGGUCACCGACGCGGGCAACUUCGCCUACACUGACCUGGACGGCAGCGUCACCAAGAACCAGGGUCUCUAUGUCAAGUUCGAUGACGGCAGCCGCCUGGUCGUCCGGCUGUCUGGCACGGGCAGCAGCGGUGCCACCAUCCGUCUGUACAUCGAGAAGUACGAGGAAGACAAGAGCAAGAUCAGCACCGGCACCCAGGAAUACCUCCGGGACAAUGUCGCGCUGGCCAUGUCCCUGCUGAAAUUCAAGGAGUACAUCGGCCGGGAGGAGCCUGAUGUGAAGACUUAA